AUGGCAGCCCAGAAGCGUAUUGCGAAGGAACUUGGUGAUCUUGCGAAAUCUCCGCCCGCUGGCAUGACGGUUAAUCUUGCGGAUGAGUCGAACAUCUUUGAGUGGAGAGUCACGAUUGAAGGCCCGGCUGGAUCCCCAUAUGCUGGUUACCUCUUCGCCAUGAACCUCACGCUCCCCUCAAACUAUCCCUUCAAGCCGCCCACCGUCACAUUCGCAACCAAGAUCUACCAUCCCAACAUCUCCAACGACUCGCCUCCCAAUAGCGGCAUCAUGUGUCUUGGCAUGCUGCGCGAGACGGAGUGGAAACCAAGCACCAAGAUCUUCGCCGUGCUGGAAUUUGCGAGACAGUUACUGAAAGAGCCGAAUCCAGACGACGCCGUGGAAGCGAAGAUCGCCGACCAGUACCGCACAGACAAGGCCGGGUUCGAGAAGGAGGCGAGGGAUUGGUGCAAGCGCUAUGCCAAGCCGAUGAAGUGA